AUGUUUUAUGACGUAAAUUUCAUUGUAAUCGUUUACCCAAUUCCGGCUCACGAAGACGACGUUAACGCGGUAUCAUUUGGUGAUACAUCACGUCAUCUUAUAUUCAGUGCUGGUGAUGAUGGUUUAUGUAAGGUGUGGGAUCGUCGAGCGCUCGGUGAUGAUCAUCGACCAGUGGGACGAAACCCGUCGUGCGGUGUGUCAACAAAAAUGGGAUUACCGAUAUCAAACGAUGCCACGACACGCGAAUUGUUCAUCUCCUUUGAAAGGAGCGUUUAUUUGACAGGUGAUGGGUCAGUGAUGACGUUACGCGGUCAUUCAGUAUUGCAUACACUCAUAAGGGCACAUUUUUCACCAAUGCAUACUGGACAACGAUAUGUGUAUACGGGGUGUGCACGAGGGCAGUGUGUUGGUACGCUUAGCAUUGGUUGA